CUUGUUGUGCGACAAGUCGACCGAGGACGGCAGGCAAGCCCGCGUGCUCAGUUCAGUUUUUGCUCCAGUCACAAACGGGUGGUGCAUCGAGGAAAAAGCUGCCGCACGAUGGAUCUGUAUUACAUGCCCGAUUCCGCCCCGUGCCAAUCCGUUCGGCUGCUUGCCAAGGCAAUGAACUUGCCCCUCAAUCUGAUCCAUCUGGAUCUUUUUAAAGGGGAGCAUUUGAAGCCGGAGUUUCUCAAGAUUAACCCGCAGCAUGUGAUCCCGACGAUAACCGAUAACGACUUCGUGCUGUGGGAGUCCCGCGCUAUCCUUAUCUAUUUGUGCGACAAGUACGGCAAAGGUGACGCAUGGUACCCGCGCGAUCCAAAGAAACGGGCCAUCAUCAACCAGCGGCUGUACUUCGAUAUGGGUACCCUCUAUCAACGUUUCUCCCAGCGUUUCUAUCCGGUGAUUUUUGAGGAGAAACCUCUGCUGGAGGAAACGCUCGCACCAAUGGAGGAAGCUUUCGGGUUCCUGGAAACAUUCCUCACCGGCAGUACGUACGUCGCAGGGGAUCGUAUUACGAUUGCUGAUCUGUGCGUUGCGACGACCAUUACCUGCAUGAAGGUCGCUGCCGGACUGGAUUUUACGCAGUAUCCAAACAUCGAACGAUGGUACGGACUGAUCUCGUCGGAGGUGGCCGGGUUUGAAGAGAUUUGCGUUCAGGGUACGGCAGGAUUUACACCGUACUUCGAGGUGGUAAAGAAACAACAGUGACGAGGUGACUCAGCAUUUUAGAUGAAAUAAAGCUGCCUCUGGCGAAGGUUUUCGCAUGAUAAGAUAA